UGUUCAAAGCCAGAAACGUAUCGACGUCGGUAAACCAUUGAUCGCGUGUGAUCUACGCAGGAUCUACGAGCUUUUUUCUCGCUUAACUCGAUUAUUUUAUUUCAGUCUCGAUAUUAUUCCUUCUCUUUUUCUCGCUCGUAUACGUGUAUUGGUUUCCCGGACUUUCGAGCCGAGUAAAGGAGAAUAAAUCGUUAAUCGCCGAGAGAGAGAUCAAAAUGCGCUUCCAGGCUAUCGUUCUAAUCGUGUUCGGAAUACUGGCCGUGGCCUUGUCUUCGCCAGUUCCUGGAUACCAUGGUUCGCACCACGUUCGUAUCCACGUGCCUUAUCACGUGCACACGGUUCAUCAUCAUCACGUGAAGAAGGUAGCGGUACCCGUAGUGGAGAAGGUGCCAGUCCCUGUUCCGGUUCCCAUCCACCACGUGGAAAAGGUGGCUGUUCCAGUCCCGGUACACCACGUCGAGAAGGUGCACGUUCCUGUUCCGGUUGUCGAGAAGGUUCCUGUACCUAUCCCCGUUCACGAGGAAAAGAAAUGGUGGUAAUUGGCUCGCAUUUUUCUUCGACUCCUUACAAUUUAGGUUGUAAAAUGAAGGCGUUCGGGUUACUGAAAUUUUAUUAAACCAUACUUGAUUUUGCUCAACCAAAUCUUCCCUGGGAAUAUUUUAAAGUAUACUUGAGAAGGGAAUAGUACAAAAUAACUCGAACUGCGUUUUUUUUUAGUCGUUUAAGCUUGUAAUAUAGAACAAAUAUCACUUAGUAUGCACAUGUGUGUACUUUGAUCAACAAUAUUUGUACAUACUGUAUUAUGAUACUUUAUUUUUUUAUAUAAUACACGUGUUUGGCAAA